CUCUCUCCAUGCUUUCACUUCACUCUGAGCUCUCCAUUGCUUUGCAGAGAGGACAGACGUGAAGACAGUGGAGGGGGAUACGACCGAAGGAGAUCCCUGGGAGACAUUUCUUUGACCUUCCCCCUCUUUCGUUCUCUCUUUCCCUCUCUCUUCCCUCCCUUACUUUUUCCUCUGUUCCCAAUGUGUGUUGGGUUCCCCUUCCUUCCUCUCUGUCCUUCUACUUAUUAAGUGUCUCCGCUCUGCUUGGACGGUGGCUGCAUCGAUGCAAAAUGGGUUGUGGCAAUUCCUCAGCCACCAGCACCUCAGGAGGGGGGCCAGCAGAAGCCUCCAAAGAUGUGACAGAAGAUCCUUCAGCAGAAGAUGAGAAAAGAAGGAACUAUGGUGGUGUAUAUGUAGGUCUACCAGCAGACCUGACCACUGUGGCUGCUAGUCAGUCCAAGUCUACACACAAAGACUAGCAGCUACUGAAGGGACCACAACACAGGACAAAAACAGGAUCCUGCAUAUUCAUUCACCUAUAGACACUCACAUUACAAGCAGAGAGCAUGUAAGCGCCCUGAUUCUGGCUCACCAGGCUUUAACACUGAGGGAAGAUGUGGACAGCUUGCAAGGGCUCCGAGGACGCUGCCUCAUGAAGUCAUGGGUUGCACAGUGACGCAGGGAUGCGCAGUGGAGGUCUGCAUAUUGCAUCCAUCAUCACUCUUCACGUUUCAAAAAAGAAGAAGAAAAAAAAGUCCUAGACAGGCACCCACUCUGGGACUGGCAGCUGUGGGCGGAGGCAGCGGGCAUUGUGACAGCCAUCUUGGCUUCUUGGUCACAUCGCUGGAACAUUCUCUUUCUCAGGAGGAGACAGAACAUCCGGCCAACUUACUGACUGACUGUGUGGGACUCGCACUCACUCCCAGUCGCCCUCUGCAAUAAUAAUCACUGCUCAGUUUUUUUUUUUCUCUAAAACGCCAUCAAUGAUUCAUUGUGUGGCGAAGACAGAGCGUUAGAGAGACAGAGAUAAGUCAGAGUUACACAGACAGCAGCAAACACAUUCCUAAUGCAUGACUGAAUAUCUCAGAGUUAUUGAAAAUAACAUUGAUUGCAAUCAGGGACCUGCUGCUGCUGCUGCUGCUGCUGCAACAGAAAAGACUGCAAUGACACUGAUUUUUAACAGUGGCUCUACAAAUAAUAGUGAUGAGGCAAGUCAGGAGGGUUUUAAGUGAUGUUCCUAAAUGUCCUGGGUGCACCAACCGGGUCGUACCUGGUGUUGUCACUUAACUUGUGCCCCAGACUGAUUAUGUAACAUCAGCAUAUGAGUCACGAUACUUAAAGGAGCUCUCUCUUUCUGUCUGCCUCGUUCCCUCUCACUCUUUUUUAUCUGGGUGGCUCUCUCUGCAGCAUUGUUGUUGUUUUCCCCCUGAAGAGCUCUGAUUAUAGUGCUUCUGGGUCAUUCACACAGCUCACAGUCUUUCUCAUGGUUUCUAGAAGCAGAACAGUCACACGGUUUGUUCAUAUCUCACAACAUAUAUGUAACAUGUAUCAGCAAAAAAACCCGUCUGAACAUUAUAUACAUUUACAAAAAAAGCAGCAUCCUAAGAAGAAAAACAGAAAUGGUGAGUUGGCUUUCACUCUGUGUUUUCUUCUGACAGUUUAUUGACAUUUCUUGGUAGCAACUGCAUUUAUUUUGUAAGAGUCUGUUUUUUUUUACAUUCUGCAUCAAACUCAGCUGUGAAUGUUGCUUUUCUUAAUCCUUAAAGGAAAAUGCUAGUGUUAAUGUGUAUUUUUCUUGCUGCUAACAAAUCCCAUAAAAAGACGAAAACCAACAGAUUUUUAGUCUAACAACAACAACAAAAAAAUCACAUCACAGAACAACUUGCUUUGUGUUUUUUAAGCAUUUUGUCACAUCUCAUAUCCGUCCUCAGUGGAUGAGCUGCUCAGCUGUCAUGGAGAUAAUUUGGUUGUUGUCAUUUGACUGAGGUAUCAAAUUUUGGCUGCCAGAUGAAAGAUGAUUUUACUUAAUCUGCUAUUUUCUAAGUUCAAGAUAGACUUUCAAGCUCAGCAGUGCUAGUGUCAGUACUUUUUGAUUCCCCUACCCUGACUGUGGCAUUCAGCUCAAACACACUGAGGAUGUAUGUUUUUCUGUAUGAAUUAAGUAUAUUAAUCUUUUACAAAUAUAUAUAGCUCCACUUACUUUCCUGAAGCACCUGGGCACUGCAGUUUUUUAGCAAGCAGUGUUUAAUCAAGCUUUUAUUUGGGACUAUUUUCAGCUGCAGAUUAUUACACAUUAAGUCCUCUUGUGAAUAUUUACAGCAGAAGGAUGUGGAAUUACCAAAAUAAACUACAGUGCCCAUGUUCCUUGUAGUUAUGAAACAUGUCACCUGGUGCAACUGUGUGUUUCAUCGGUGUACUUUAAUUAGAUUCUAAGAUUUUGGAGAUCUGCAUCACAGAGUAAUCAGCUCUAAGACUCUGGCUGCACAGUCAACACUGUAUGAGAAGGAUUUACUCAGUGUUGGCUUUGGUCUUUACAGAGGGUUUACUGGCUUUAGAAAAACACAGAAAAUCACCAGCCUUAUCGACGACAAAAAAAAACCCUCACCAAACACCACAAUGUCCCCAGAAAAGAAAAAACACAUCACAACUGGGCGGGCUUUUAGGGGCCAACUUCAUUUGUCAGCCAGGCUCUUGACAGUUCUCUCCACUAAUGAAUGUACAGCAUCCUCCAGUCAUCAGGACCUGGAGGAGGGUGGAAAUAGGCCAACUUUAAACACUUGAGAUUCAAGAGAUGUUCUGUCCGCGCUACACAAAACGCUUUAUACGCCUGAGUGUGUAGCUGCGACUGCCUCGACUGACCAGUCUCAUAAAAACAGGGACUUACUUCACCAUGCCUGAACACAAGCUUACUGUUUACUGUUUUGUCUGUUUUCUUGCGGGUGCGCUUCACAAUGACGCCCACUAGCUGCCAAGCCGUGUCGCUUGUUUUCAGUCCCACUGAUACCAAGGGAUUUCAUGUGGUGUCUUUUAAUUGAAAGCCAUUUGUUCAGCUCGCGUUGUUGCAGCUUUUAACACUGUUCACCUGUGCUAGAGGUAGAAUGUACUGCGGAUACAAAGAGCUGUUUUAUGUACGGUGUAGUUUACAGCAUAUUAUGAAAGGAGCUGCAGUGUGCCUACAGCGCUACAGCACCCAUUUGAUCAGUAUCCCACCUGAGACACUGUCUCUUUGCUGUCCCUGUUCCUUGAUGUCUGCAUAGUCCUCCUCACUGCUGCUUCAGCUUCCCCACAUCAGUCCCUACCAGAGGCUUGUGGCUUUUACAGCAUGUUGUGUUGCCUGUCUCUCCCUCUUUUAUCAGCCUCACGUUGCCCUUUAUAGUUGUUCCUCCUGUAUAUGAUGAAUGUCAUUGCCUUUGCCCUAUUCAGUUAGCUUAGCAGGGACAAGGGGGCAGAAUGUGGAUGAAUAAAACCGUCUGAUGUCCUCUACAUUAAAAUGCUGCUGUAGCUGCUGCAGCACGGCAUGUUGCUUGAAUGUAGUAAAGGUAGGCUGUGCUCAGAGAAGCAACACAUGUUGUUAAGGAGUAGUUUCACAUUUUGGGGAGUGAAAAAUGCCUUCUUACAGAGGGUGAGAUGAGAAGAGUAAUCCCUCUUAAUGUCUGUAUACUAAGCAUUUAUGAAAAGAUUUGAAACAGCUAGUGGGGAUGGGUCCAAAAGUAUACAAAAAAAUGUAGAAACACCUACCAAUACAUGUAAAGCUUACUACUAAUAAUGACACCUUGUUGUUAAAAUAAGAGCAUUUCUCCAAAAUGUAAUACUAUUCCGUUUAUGUUUUUAAAAUAUAAGGUCCUUCAGGUUUUGAGGCAAAUGAUGCUGAACUUUAUGGAAACCACUUGAGGUCAAAGUCGCUGUGAAAUGUUUUAUUUAUUUAGACACUAGAAAAGACCUGGGGCAGUCAUUAAAAAAGCCACCAGUGUCUCUUUAUGCUGUUGACCACUGUGUAAUUUUCCACUUAGACAGAUGAUGAGAUGAUGAAGCUGUUUGAUGGUGUCUCAUGUUUAAAAUUGCAUUUUACUGUAUAUUUCUCUUUAUUAUGUCUGUCUUUCACAAGUACAGAGUUUAAAUCACAUAUUGGCUUCUUGUCACUUGUUCCCAUACACUCAUUAAUUCAUAAAUAAUGCUGACAUGAUGGGAAAAAAACAGGACUGCCUCUGUGCAACUCAUACAUGAUCACCUGACUCAAUCAUUUAUGAUUAAAGACUUUUAUAUUAUCAA